AUGUCACCAACUUCUACUGUUGACCAUGGGUUGCGACGACUGAAUUUGGGUAUAUUUUUGAUGCUAUCUGCAUCUGCUACGUCAGGAUACAAUGCCAGCCAGAUCAAUAGCUUGCUUGUGCUCCCAGAGUUCACCGAGUUUCUAAGCGGCCUCGACUCCAAUUCAACUGGUCUCAUUAUUGCUUCCGUUUCUCUUGGGUCCUUCCUUUCCUUUGUACCAGCUUCCUAUGUCGCCGAUAAACUGGGCCGCCGAAGAUGCGUUAGUAUUGGAGCAACACUUUGUAUACUGGCAUCCAUAGUGCAAGUUGCAGUAAAGCAUCAUUGGGUAUUCUUCGGUGCUCGAAUUGUGACAGGCGCAGGCGUUGGGUUUUCCCAAACUGCAGCACCAUUAUUAAUCGCCGAAACAGCACACCCCAGUCAGCGGCCAACGCUUACUGGUCUCUACAACGCAGUUUGGUUUUGUGGGUCCAUCACUGCGGCUGCCAUCGCUUUCUCUACUUUGGCCAUCGACAACAGCUGGUCCUGGAGAGUACCGUGUCUACUGCAAAUACUAUACCCGACUAUGCAACUCGUGGCACUCACAAUUAUUCCCGAGAGCCCAAGGUGGCUUGUUUCGAAAAACAGGCAAGGAGAAGCACUUGCUAUGCUCACACGGUACCAUGCAAAUGGAGACAUGCACGACAAGCUGGUUCAGGAUGAAUACGAUCAGAUCUGUGCCAGUAUUCAUGCCGAAGCCGAUCAAAAGUCUGCCUCGAGAUGGAGUGCCUUCUUCAAAUCAAAGGGCGACAUGCACCGACUUACCAUUUGCAUUCUCUUGGGAUUCAUGCAGGAGUGGACUGGCAAUGGUGUCACUUCCUACUAUCUACCACCUAUUCUGGCCUCCGUCGGUAUAACUAAUGCAACACACCAAGCUGCCGUCAAUAUUAGCCUCCAAUUCUGGAACUUGAUGUUUGCUGUUACGGGAGCUAGCACCUCAGAUAAAUACGGACGACGAGUUCUUUGGCUAUGCGCGACAACGCUCAUGCUCAUCUUUCUAACGACAUCAACAGUCAUGGCUGGUCUGUUCGCCGAGAUGAACAUUCUAGAGGCAGGCAUUGCAGUCGUUCCCAUGCUGUUCCUGUUCUGUGCGGCCUACGAUUUCGCCUACAUGCCGCUCUUCAUCGCAUAUCCGGCGGAAAUUUUGCCUUACCAGCUUCGUGCAAAAGGCCUUGCCGUCACACUUACAACAGACUCACUGGCUUGCUUCUUCAAUCAGUAUGUGAACCCGGUGGCAUUCUCAGUGCUUCGAUGGAGAUACUUUAGUAUCUACGUAGGCUGUUUGGUCAUCGUGCUUGGCCUGGUCUACUUCUUCUUCCCUGAGACACAGGGAAGAUCUUUGGAAGAAGUGGCACGAAUCUUUGAGAGCCCCAAGGUUAAAGAUCACGAGGCACUUAUGAGCGACUCCGAUGGUUCCAAGCAGUCGUCUUUCGUGAUCAAGUACGAAGCAUAG